AUGUUCAUAAACGACAACAACAGAAAACGUUUGGCGUUGGAUGUGGUUGGCCAACUAGAGGAAGAUUUAGAGGCAGAUCCCUUGAACUAUGCCAAAUGGAACAGACUCAUUAAACAUGUGGUGGCCAAAGACAAAGAAGAACAAGUCAGGGCCAUCUACACCAAGUACCUCGGCAUCUUCAAGUCUGACGGAGAGCAGUGGUGCAAAUAUAUCAACUACGAGUUGAACCGAGGCGAGUUCCAAAAGGUAGAAUCUCUAUUUCACCAGUGUUUCUUGAUUACAGACAACGUAGAACUUUGUCGUUUAUACGUAUCGUACGUACGUCGUGUCAACGAUGUUAUUACUGGUGGUGAAAAAGCCAGAGGCACGGUCAUUCAGGCGUUUGAAUUCGCCAUCAACAAAGUUGGAAUAGAUAUCAAUAGCACGGCUUUGUGGAAUGACUACUUAGAAUUCCUCAAGUCGUGGACUCCUGCUGCUAGUUGGGAACAGCAACAGAAAGUUGAUUUGAUAAGAAAAGUCUACAAAAAGUUUUUGAUUGUUCCCACGGAAAACUUGGAGAACUCGUGGUCUCAAUAUACUAAAUGGGAAAAUGAAGUCAACCCAGCUACAGCAGCCAAGUUCAUCUCUGAAAAGUCUGCCGAAUUUAUGCUUGCCAGAUCGUGGAAUACCGAAUGGCAGAACAUCACCGAAAGGAAGUUGAUGAGAGACAUUUAUCCGUUCUCAGCUACUGGUGAAAAGGAAAAGAUUAUUAGGAACCAAGUCGGUUAUUGGCUCAAUUGGGUCGAGUUAGAAAAGAAAAAUAUAUUGGAGUUGAAGGAAGAUUUGCUUGAGAAGAGAAUAGCAUUUACAUAUAGACAAGCUACGUUUGCAUUGCCGUUUGUUCCGGAAUUGUGGUUUAAAGCUAGUAAAUUCUUGCUUCUUAGUAAUGAGGAAGCAAACAUUAAUAGAUGUGUAGAUCUCUUAAGUGAGGGUUUGCUGUUAAACCCCAGAAGUCUUCUCCUUUCAUUUCAGCUAGCCGAAUUGCAUGAAAAGGACGCUGGAUUCGAAAAAUCAAAGGAUAUCUACAAUAAUCUUGCGAAGUGGUUAACUAUUGACUACACCAAAACUACUGAGCAGUUAGAGUCGCUUAGAUCACGUUUUGAAAUCCCCAGCAAUGGCGAUGACAACGAUGAAAAUGAUCCAGAGUCCUUCAACAACGACGACGAUAUGCAAAUAGAUACCAAGAAAGUGUACCAACUCACUUCUGAAGACAAAAAGCAUCUUGCGACUUUGAGUAAGAAACAAACUGAACUUGCAAAAUCUGUAACAUUAGUCUACGUGAAGUGGAUGACAGCCUCCAAACGAGCAGAAGGAAUUAAGGAGGCACGUAGUGUUUUCAAGCUGGCCAAGAAGUUUGCCAGCAUAGGCAGUGAGUUGUUCGUGGAAAAUGCUCUUUUAGAGCAUUAUGCCGACAACAAGAAAGUAGCCUUGAAGAUCUUUGAUUUGGGUAUGAAAGCUUACGCUACAGACGGAGACUUCUUAUUUUCCUAUUUGGAGUAUUUAAUCAUGAUCAAUGAUGUGGAUAACAUCAGAAUCUUGAUCCAAACGUCAGACACCAACCUCACGAAAGACAUCGUUUCUUUAACUGAAGCAGUACAACUAGGUCUGUUGAAUGAAUACUUGAAGGAGUUGAAGGAAGAUGAGAUUGAAGUGAAGAGAGGCUACUUGAGAAAGUUAUUUAAGCGAUACAUUUCCUAUGCCUCAAAAUAUGUUUCUUUGGAUGUUGCUCAAAGUUUUGUAAAUAAGUACGAGCAAACUUUUCCCGAUGACGACCCCAUCGAGUUGUUUAGCGAUAGAUACACACAAGGUGACGACAACUUGAUAGAAAAACUUGAUUUGGGAAUUGAUAGUUCUACAUCUUUGCCGCCCAGCAAGAAGAGAAAGGUCAAUGCUAAGUCUGAUAUCGAAGACAACAACAGAGACUUGGACGACCGUGACGGUAUAUUCAGCGCUCCACAACCACCAGUGUUGGAGCCUGAACAGCCCAGCUCUUUUGUGGGGCCUACUAUCACCACUCUUUUAGCAGCCUUACCCAACGCCUCUUACUUUGGACAGCCUUCAGAGAGUGUCUUCAAUAGUGAGAAAUUGGUCAAGUUGUUUUCCAAUUUGCCCAACAUUCCUGUUGAUUGA